AUGAAGGUGCAGUUCGCCCCGCUGAACAUCCCGCUGCGGAGGAGACUUCAGACCGCCGCCACGCUGCAGUGGGUCUUCUCCUUCCUGGCUUUAGCCCAGUGCUGUCUGGCGGCCUUCGUCCUUCUGGCUCUCUCUGAUUGGUGGAUGGUGGCUGUGCUGUAUGCUGGUUGGCUGUGGCUGGACGGGGACACGCCCAGCUGCGGGGGUCGGAGGUCCCAGUGGGUCCGCAGCUGGAACAUCUGGAAACAUUACAGAGACUACUUCCCCAUCACGCUCGUUAAAACUGUCGAUCUGGAUCCAACAAAAAACUACAUUUUUGGAUUUCAUCCACACGGCGUGCUGGUUGCCGGGGCGUUUGGGAACUUCUGUACGGAGGCGACCGGUUUCUCUCGUCUGUUUCCUGGACUCCGCUCUCACCUGCUGAUGCUGCCCUUCUGGUUCAGAGUCCCUCUGUUCAGAGAUUACAUCAUGUUAGGAGGCCUGGUGUCCAGCAGUAAGUCCAGCCUGUCUCACCUCUGCAGUCGUCCUGGGGGGGGUAACGUGGCGGUCCUGGCGGUGGGAGGAGCUCCGGAGGCUCUGGACGCUCGUCCUGGAGCGCUGACGCUGCAGAUCAAAAACAGGAAGGGCUUCAUCAAACUGGCUCUGAAACACGGAGCUCAGCUGGUUCCGGUCUUUUCUUUCGGGGAAAACGAGUUGUUUGAUCAGAUGGAGAAUCCGUCGGGCUCAUCUCUCAGGAAGCUGCAGAACCGGCUGCAAAGCAUCAUGGGAGUAGCGAUGCCUCUGUUUCACGCCAGAGGAGUUUUCCAGUACAGCUUUGGCCUGAUGCCCUACAGGAAGCCCAUCCACACCGUCGUUGGGUCUCCGGUCCCCGUGGUCCAGACUCCGUCUCCUAGCAACGAGGACAUUGAGAGUCUCCAUCAAGUUUACCUCCAGAGUCUGACUGAACUGUUCGAGACGCACAAACACCGCUACGGCCUGGAGGAGCACCAGCACCUCACCUUCACAUGAUGCUAACAAUGCUAAUAGGAGGCUAGCGGUGCUAACAGGAGGCUAACAGGAAGCUAACUGGAUGCUAACAGGAAGCUGAGAGAGUUUGUUCUGUUGGUUCAUCUGAUUGUUUUAUUCAGGAAAUACAUAAAUAAAAAAUAACUUUAUUUAACCUAAA